AAUUCUACAGUGAUGGUUUCUUUAAGAUUUCUUUUGUGUUUUCUCUUCAUAAGUGGUUGUGCUGCCACAAUAGUCUCUCACGAUGGCCGAGCCAUCACCAUUGAUGGUCAUCGUCGAAUUCUUCUCUCUGGAUCUAUCCACUAUCCUAGAAGCACCCCUGAAAUGUGGCCGGAUCUUAUAAAGAAGGGUAAAGAAGGAGGUCUUGAUGCGAUCGAGACUUAUGUUUUCUGGAAUGCACAUGAACCUACUCGUCGUCAAUAUGAUUUCUCUGGAAAUCUAGAUCUUAUUCGAUUCUUAAAAACCAUUCAAGAUCAAGGAUUGUAUGGAGUUCUCCGUAUUGGACCAUAUGUUUGCGCAGAGUGGAACUACGGAGGGUUUCCAGUGUGGCUGCACAACAUGCCCAACAUGGAAUUCAGAACUACUAAUACUGCGUUUAUGAAUGAGAUGCAAAAUUUUACAACUAUGAUAGUAGAAAUGGUCAAGAAAGAGAAACUAUUUGCAUCACAAGGAGGUCCAAUUAUCCUUGCUCAGAUUGAAAAUGAGUAUGGAAAUGUAAUUGGAUCAUAUGGAGCCGCCGGUAAGGCAUAUAUUCAGUGGUGUGCAAAAAUGGCCAAUUCUCUUGAUAUUGGUAUUCCAUGGAUCAUGUGUCAACAAGAUGAUGCUCCUCAACCUAUGUUGAACACAUGCAAUGGUUAUUAUUGCGACAAUUUUGAACCAAACAACCCCAACACUCCUAAAAUGUGGACUGAGAAUUGGACCGGAUGGUAUAAGAAUUGGGGAAGCAAAAACCCUCACCGAACAAGCGAAGAUGUUGCUUUUGCCGUUGCAAGAUUCUUCCAAAGAGGAGGAACAUUCCAAAACUACUACAUGUACCAUGGAGGCACCAACUUUGAUAGAACAUCUGGUGGACCGUACAUCACAACUACAUAUGAUUAUGAUGCUCCUCUUGAUGAAUAUGGUCAUUUGAGCCAACCAAAGUACGGACANGUUUUUUUUUUAGAAGUGUGUGUGCAAAUGUCUAUGAGAAGAACGUUCUUGAGCUUUCGUNUCACACAUGGAAACAUUACCACUAUUGAUUUUGGAAACCUAGUCACGGCAACAAUUUAUAAAACGGAAGAAGGUUCAAGCUGCUUCAUUGGAAACGUAAAUGAAACCUCAGAUGCAAGAAUCAAUUUCCAAGGAACAUCUUACGACGUCCCCCCUUGGUCUGUUAGCAUUUUACCAGAUUGCAAAACUGUGGCUUACAAUACUGCCAAGAUUAACACUCAGACUUCAGUAAUGGUUAAGAAACCUAAUGAGGCUGAGGAUGAGCCUUCGACUCUGAAAUGGUCAUGGAGACCAGAGAACAUAGAUAAUGUCCUUUUGAAAGGAAAAGGAGAGUCCACAAUGAGCAAAUUGUUUGAUCAGAAAGUAGUAAGCAACGACGAACGCGAUUAUCUUUGGUACAUGACUACGGUUAAUCUCAAAGAACAAGAUCCGGUUUGGUGCAAAAACAUGUCUCUCCGUAUUAACAGUACUGCUCAUGUGCUUCACGCUUUUGUCAAUGGGCAACAUAUUGGAAAUUAUCGAGUAGAAGAUGGAAAAUUUCACUAUGUUUUCGAGCAAGACGCGAAAUUCAACCCUGGUGCCAAUGUCAUUACCCUCCUUAGUAUAACCGUAGGCCUUCCGAACUAUGGUGCCUUUUUCGAAAAUGUACCUGCUGGAAUCACCGGACCAGUUUUUAUCAUUGGAAGAAACGGUGAUGAAACCAUAGUAAAAGACUUGUCAGCUCAUAAAUGGAGUUAUAAAACCGGUUUAAGUGGGUUUGAGAACCAACUUUUUAGUACAGAAUCACCUUCUACAUGGUCAGGUGAAAGUGUACCAUUCAACCGAACCAUGACUUGGUAUAAGACUACUUUCAAGGCUCCUUUGGGAAGUGAACCAGUUGUGGUUGAUCUUUUGGGUCUUGGAAAAGGAACGGCUUGGAUCAAUGGAAACAACAUUGGACGUUAUUGGCCAAGUUUUCUUGCAGAUAUUGAUGGUUGUUCUGCCGAAUGCAACUACAUAGGCACUUACUAUGCUGAAAAGUGUCAAACAAAUUGUGGAGAACCUACUCAAAGAUGGUACCAUGUUCCUCGUUCCUUCUUGAACUCCGAAGGAGACAACACGUUGGUUUUGUUUGAAGAGAUUGGAGGAAACCCAUCACUUGUCAAUUUCCAGACAAUUGGAGUAGGAAGUGUGUGUGCAAAUGUCUAUGAGAAGAACGUUCUUGAGCUUUCGUGCAAUGGAAAACCCAUUUCCGCCAUCAAAUUCGCUUCCUUUGGUAACCCAGGAGGCAACUGUGGAUCCUUUGAAAAAGGAACUUGUGAAGCAAGCAACGACGCUGCCGCUAUUCUCACUAAGGAAUGUGUUGGAAAGGAAAAAUGUUCCAUUGAUGUCUCCGAAGAGAAGUUUGGAGCACCAAAGUGUGGUGGUGCUGCUAAGAGGCUUGCCGUCGAAGCUAUUUGCUAGUUUGUUUUUUUAGAGAUUUUAGGUAUUACUAUGGUUAUUUCCGAAGGAUGUAGGUGCUUUUGAU